AUGCACUUUACCGGCACGUCACCGGGACAGGCGUACGAUCUAGAGGUGGUGCUGACAGAGCUGCUUGCGAAGGCCGAGAAGGCGGAAGCGGCUGGUGUGCGUGUGCGCGAGCACCCGUCUGUGGCAUUCUACCGCGGCGACCGCCCGGCGCGGGUGCAGAUGCCGCCACAGGAUGGCGGUGACGUGCGUCAGACGGACAGCUGCAUGUACGUCAUCGCCCUCCAUCAAGCGCUGCUGCCGCCGUGCGAAGGUGUGGUGCCCACAGAAGAACAACAGUCAGCGCGAAUGUCGAGCUCAGAUGGACUGGAGCUUCUUCGAGUCAACUGGGAAUGGCUGCUAUGGCUUCUCAUGCCAUCGGUGCGACUUGGUUCUCCUACAAAUGGAAAGGAGGAGUGUAAUAAUAAUAACAAUAAUAAUGAUGAUGAAGAACAAAGCGCCUCUGCACCUAUCUGUUCCACGCGGGAGUUGUGCAGGAAGCUGGAAUGGGGCGACUACACACAACUUCGCCAACCAGGCUUGAUGGACCGCGUGCACUACAGCUACGUUGUCUUUCUUCGCUUCUACGGCUGGCGCUUGCAUGAUGAAGAACGCGGUGUAUUGGAUCGUCAUCAGAACUGGAAAGAGCGAUACAAGCUGCUCUCUCGCGCCUGUGACAUCAGCGGCGGCAGCAGAAGCAGCAGCAAGACUGACGAGCACGAGGGGAAUGGCGAUGGCCAUGCGUCAUCGAUCGGGUUUUACGACGCCCUUACGCGCAUCCUGUAUGUGCUGCUGGAGUUGUGCUUCACACGCUAUGCGGUGAACCUUGUUGCCUUUCUCCUGGAAGAAAUGAACAAGGGCCGGCUCCUUUUCCUGCAGCCAACGUUGGAGAAGGUGUGGUUCUCUCAGGUCGAUUGCUGCAAGCAGGUGGCAGAUGCAGAAAAAAAGCGUCUCCGUCGGCAAUUGUAUUGCCUCACCCACAGCGACUCAGACUAG